CUGCAAUCCAAUUUCAACAACACGAAGUUCGAGUGUUCGACACAACCAAUGGAGCCUUUUUAAAGGGAUAGUCGAAUGCAAAGAAUGCACGAGAAAUAUGGAAUCUGUGCCUCUGGAAGACUGUAAUCCAAAGGAACCUCUAUUCUAUUUAUUCAAACACAAAGAUAUCGACGGACUUCAGCUGCCUUUGAAAGGUUCAAGCAGGGUUAAGUAUAUUAGCUUUAAUGUAUCAAUCAACUAUAUUGCACUUGGGACAAAUGCUGGAGGUAUUCAUAUAUUUCGAAGAUCAUCCCUAAGACAUUACAGAUUCCUAAAUGCAAAAGUAUUUCCACUACCUGACUCCAGCCGAAUACUGGAUGUUGGUGUGACGAAUGUUCUGUUUUCUGCCCAGGAGAAGUUUUUGGCGGCAGCAUUAAGUUCUGGUCACGUUGCAGUUUGGGAAUUGAACUUUGAUAAAAGGGAAGCUUCUCAGCUAAUCAGGAAAACUGAUGAACACAAAGGUUCUACGGUUACUAGUUUAUGUUGGGAUUUGUCCUCUACCAAACUAUUUAUUGGUGAUAGCAAAGGAUGUGUUUCUGGCCUUGAACACGGUACCGGAAAGAUUCGUCGUGUUCAUACUAUUAUUAAGGAAGGACCAGCAAUUGUGCAAUUGGAUUUUGCAGACGAGAAAUUGCUGGUCUCGAAUACCAAAAGAUGUGUUUAUUAUUAUCAAAGCAAUGAAAACCUUGUACAAAUUGGUACAAAGGCACGCGAUGGCCCGUUUGGAGCAUGCUUUCAUUUUCGCUCGAGUGGAGACCAAGCUGUUGCAUAUUGUGCUAGACCAGGCGCAAGACUGUGGGAGGUCGAUAGUUCUGGUCAGGUAUUGUCCACCCAGCAAUACAAGAAAUUCUUAGCAGUGCCCAGUACACCGUUCAUAGGACAUUUGUCUGGGAAAGAAAAAAGCUUGGUCAACAAUUGUGAUACACCCAAAUUUCGAAAACUUCUUGUCAUACGAGAUGCGUAUCUGAUGACAUGGACAAACGAGACCAUCAUCAUCAUUGACCCGAUUCUUGGAAAGUUGAUUCUUUGGAAUAGUCAAGUAGAAAAUAUUGAAGAUAUAUGGUGUAAUCGUCAAGAUAUGUUUGUGUUUCAAACUGGUGGUUCUCUGACUCGUUUCUCACUCAUCCCUCCCAAGGAAUGUGCAGCCAAGUUAUUUGUUAUGGGGGAAUGGUUACAGUGCUCCAAGGUUCUUAUAUCCUGCAAGUCACAAAUCAUUCCUGUUGCUGCGAGAGACCAGGUGCCAGAGUUUGUUGUACGACGAGCGAGAGAAAUGCUUAACGAUGACCUGCAACAUGAGGAAAUUGUUGGUGAGCUAACAGAACUCGAACAAAAUUUGGAACGUCUUCCAGUUGAUUCAGCAGGCGAAGUUAGUGAAAUCCUCGGAGCUGCAUCAUUCGACGAUUCCGAAUCUCACAGCAUUGCAAGUGACUUCACGAGCAAUGCCGACAGCGACAGUGUAAUGGACAGUUCUUUGGACGCGGGUAUGGGAGACACUAACAAAACUGACAAGAAAGAAAAAUUAACAGUAAAGCUAAAAAAUGCUUUCAAAGAUCAGCUGAAGGAGUUCUCACUGGACACGGUGUUGUUAGCUGGUGCACACGCUGCCGGUCAUAUGAAUCUGACGAAUGCAUUCGCCUUUGGUGCUGGCGGAAAUGUCAAGCCUUUCAGUCCUUCUUGGGACGUGAAGAAUGCAAGGUAUAAUACAAGAUCGCCAUCAGAUAGUGAAGGGUUUCCUGAAGAUACGUCCAAUGAUGAAGCUGCAUCUUCACCAUCUCAUGCCAGGAAUGAGAAUGUUGGCUCGAUGGAUGACGUUGAGUCGGAUACGGAAGAAAGAAAAGCUCCAGUGGUGUAUAAAGAACUGAGAAAAAAGAAAAUGAAAAUUCAUACUGUUGAUAUUGUGAGUCCAUUGCAACCCACAGAUUUGAUCAAAAUGGAGAAGUCAAAGGAAUUGUAUAAAGAUGAUUUUGAAAAGAAUGCUGAUCUUUCAAAAACACCUGACAGCCAGGUAACUGAGAAGAUAAAACAAGGUUCUCUCGACUCAUCUUUGAGCUCUAAUGAUAGCAUCCCUGGAAGAGAAUCGAAUAUUCUUUCGCGCUCAGUCGCAGCGAAGCAAGAAGUGGUACAAAAAGCACGUAAAUUUUUGAAGCGGUUAUCUCCAGAAGACAAAGACUUGGGACAAGAAGAACAAACAACGGCGAUUAGUAACAAAGGAUCUAAGGGAAUGUCAACGAAUAUUACGUCACCUCUUGAGGUGAAAUCGUUAGUGAUAAUUUCUCGCGAGACAAGAAAAAAGAUCCGUGAAACUCAAAAACUUUACGAUCCGAAGGCUCUAAAAUCAAUCCUAGGCGAUUGGAUUGCGUACUUGGAGAAAGCGAACAGUGCAGUUGAAUUAGUUUACCCCAGAAAUAAAGACACAAGAGACUAUUAUGUGACGGAUGUUGGAAAAGUUCUUUCCCCGUCUACCAAAGUUGAUCUUACAAGAUUCUUGAAUCCUAAAGAUACAGCUAUUGUUGCAGAACUCACGAUGAUGUGUUUUAAGAUGGAUAUAUUUUCAUCAAGUGGUACGAAUGAUUGUAACUUCGACGAAGAAAUAACGAAGGAAGAUUUAUUAACUUGUGAUCAUUGCAAACAGAAACAAAACAAUGUCGUUUUCACUGGUGAGACCGUUGCACCGGACGAUGAACGGCCUCUGGUCGAGGCUUUAGCACGCGAUCGUGCGAAGACAAAAUUCCUUUGUGUCAAUUUUCAACUCUUGGAUUUCCAAACGUUGAAAGGACGUGUAAUAUCGGAGUGCCUCAAAUACAGGGAUUUGCUGAAUGAUCUUUUGCGUUGUCUGGACGAUUUCACUGAACGAGAUGCUGUCGAUGAUGCCAUAGAUAUCGGUGAUACAAAAGUCGCGUUACAGCUGAUAAAAGACAAAGCGGAAAACUAUCAAAAAAGACUACCACGACAUGUGUUUAGAUUGUACUACUUGGUUCCACGAGACGUGGCAAAGCUGGGUGCAGAGAUCUAUCCAUAUCUUCAUCCGUGGGAAAUCGUUCUUCUUUGUUUGUCAACGUCAGCUAACUUGUACAGUAAUUGCAGUGAUUUUCUUAUUUAUGUCACCCAUCUUAUUCAAAAUCAUGCAAAGAAAAGUGAAAAUAAAUUUGAUGUGUUAAAUGAAAUGGUUCGUUCAGAAGAAUUUAUGAUACUUGUUUAUCACUCUGCUCUUAUACUGGAUGAUUUAAGUGACAGUGAUGUGCGAUGCCAUUGUCGUUGGCCAAGACCUGGUUCCCAUCAGACAUCGUUUCAAUAUGAAGAACUGAUGAUAGACAUCAUAAAGAAUUUUGAUUCGAAAAACGACACCGCAGCUUUAAAAAGAUUGCUCAAAAUUUCUUAUAACCACGGAUAUUGGCAAGGAUGCAUAAAACUCCUCGUGAUCCUUGGGCUCCGAAUAGACGCCUUAAAACUGUCUCUUCAACUUGGGGAUAUUUCUUUGCUGAAUAGUAUUCAGAUUUGGGGUUGGCUUCCACAAUCACCAGCGGAAUGGAAGUUUGGGUUACAAUAUUUAGCCAGAUUUUUAGUAAAGCUUUCUAGUAAUUUGAAUGAAAAUAACGAAAUAUCGGCACUUGGAGAAAGUGAAAAAACUAAACUUCUCUUGGGAGACGAUUCCAACGAAGGCAUGUCUAAAGAUGUACCGUUUUAUAACGAAAUUGAGCACAUGAACAAUUGUGAAGACGGAUUUUUAGAAGAAACACCUGGCGGGAAUUUGGACAAUUUGACACCACAUACUUGUAUCAAGUCCCUAAUGUCAGCAGAACACCGGAGUUUGUAUAUUGACAUGAAGUCUUAUGUGCUUCUUAUGUUGAAAAAACUUGGAGCACAACAGACAUUAAAAAUUAUUUCUGAUACGCAACUUCAAAACGUUUUCAUGAUGCAAGAGUUUUAUUACAAGUGCAUUCUUAGCUCUCAAUUGGAAAAUCAUCAAAGCCAAUUAUCUCAUCGCAUUUUACGUGAAGUUAAUGACCACGUGUGGUCCUCCAAAUCUGCUGCCUUAGUUCCAGAGAUUCAUUUUAUGAAAGAGUUGGAAGUUUUAAACAACACGAAAGAAGAAUUGUUCAGUGGAAAGCAACCAGUGAAAUAUUGCCGCAAAUUUGAAGAUGCUUCUGCUUGCAACUGGGGAACUAACUUGCCGUUGGCUGAAUCAUCCUGUGUCGUAUGUCCUUUGCCUCUGUGUGAAAAAUUACCUGGUAAUACUGAAGGUGUCAUUAUUUUCCCAUGUGGUCACCUGUAUCACAAAGAAUGCAGUUCAGAAAAUUAUUGCUUGGCUUGUUUCCACAAUGAGGUUCAGAUACCUUGCGCGGAUGCGCAAACGGGUGCUACUGCUGCGGUCUUCUUUUAAUUAAUUCUGCUUUCUAAUUGAUGUUGAAAUGAUAUUGUUUUUCUUUUAAAAAACGAGGAACAGCCUUUCGGAUUACCUUUUUCUCUUGCAACGAAACAUGCAAUGCAAAGAAGGCAGAGGUAGCUUUUUUAGGGCUGUUUUCCACUAGCUGAAUUUUUCGAUCGAAUGAAAUAUUUCGUUCAUUUUUCUUUUCAAUUGCGAGAAGUCGGCUGAAGCGGACUACCUUGACCGGUGACAGUUAGAAAAUUAAGAGAAAAAUUUCUGUGCAUGAAUACGCCAAUGAGUGAAAGUGCACGAAAGUUGUGAAAGUGCACGAAACUUCGGAGAUUACAUCCGAUACUUGAAUGACCAAUUUUGAACUUGAAGGGCCAGUUUGUUGUUCAUAUUCCCUCGCUAACGAUUUUCUAAAAAAGACCUGGUGCAGUACAAAAAGAAUUUUCCAUUUUCUUCUCUUAGUACUUCCUGAAAUUACCUUGGCUUUGAUGCUAUGCACAUCGUCGCUUCUUUUUUGGGUUUAUAACCAGACACCAGUGAGCCAUGGAUAGAUGCUUUUUCCAAAUAUAUUGAUAUCGUCGCUCUCUUAUCUUUGACCUUCAUUUCUAGUAGUACGCGCGUGCUGAUUGGUCGAAAAGCGUAUUUCUAUAACUGUACAGAAACACGGGAGUUUUCCCGCCGAACUUUACAAGCGAAGUAAUGUAAUGAGAAUUUGUAAUUGAU